AUGUCAAGGUCGAAUUCUAGGCUGAAAAAGUUUUUGUCAUUUCCUGAUAACGCCUAUUUGGUUGGUGAAACGCGCAUCAAGAAGAGUAUGGCAUUCCUGGAACGUGUUCUCCGAUACAUUGAUGGCUUACCCCAUAAUUUGGAUCUAGGCGGCGGUCUGAAAAUAAAAGCAAACCAUGAUCAAGAACCCGACAGAACCUCCAGACAGCAAUCUACGAUUGUUUUGCCCGAUGAUCCAAAAGACAGAGAAGAUGCCCUCAAUGAUGCACUCUUGGAUAGACUCACCGAAUACGCAAAAACACAUACGCUGGAGUUUAGAUUUCUUGAUGAGAGUGUCAAUGAAUCUGCAGAAGAAGGGAGAAAAAAGAAAGGCGGAGGCGGUGGAGGUGGUAUGCGUCUUCGACCGAUGAUGAUGUUACUGCAAUUGAAAGCAGCUGCACUUGGAGCCAUAGCUCUUAAGUUUAUAGCCCUGAUAGCAUUCAAAGCACUCCUCGUGGCUAAAAUAGCUCUAACUAUAGCAGGCAUUGUAGCUUUGAAGAAGUUGGUGGAACAAAAGCAUCAUUCGUCAACAUACGAAGUCGUAGCUCAUCCUCAUUAUGAAGAUCACAGCCAUUUUGAUAGGUCCUUCAAUGUACAGUUGUAUUUUGACUCGCUAAUAUUCUGA